UGCACGCCAAAUUUCAUGGAGUACAACCACCACCACGACCAAAGUCAGAGUGAUAGCGAAGAACACCACCACCACGCGUCCACCAAAUCAUCCCGACAGAAACUAGUCAAAACUGCGGGACACCAGGAGGACGACGUUACCAUAAUUUUUCCUGAGAGCACGACGACCACUCGAAUCGCGGACAAAAUGUUUUUUCUCCUCAAACUCCUCGUUUCCUUGUCCCUCUUCAUCUUUGGAAUCCAAGUCGUCCUCGCCGCCACGAUUAUCACGACCACAGCGCAAGGGAGAUCUCUCAAGCACGCGCAGUACGACAACGAACUCGAUGGCGACUCGAAAGGUCCCUUUCAGCCGGAUGUGGGUCUCUACCUCAAAAACUAUGCAGGGAAAGUGGUGACGACGGUUGGGUCAAUUUCUGGCUCGGCUGCUGCAUCCGCGGACCAUUUGAUCCUGACCGUGCCUCGGCUCAAGGUGGAGGACCACAUUUGGGAGGGUAAAUCAAUCACGCUCGAGUGUUGGAGUGAGAAAUAUCCCGUUUAUUGGGAGUAUAGAGGACUCGGCGCGCCCACCGUCAGAGUAACGACCGAGCGUAAGGCGCCGUCUUUCCAGAACGUGUCCUCCUACAAGUUCGGUGCCAUCGUGACCUUCUCCUCCACCGAGUACAAGCAGACGGGGGAAUACUCCUGCAAGGAUUUGGGUGGGAUGGGUGGGUCUGUGUCCCUCUAUUUGCUCGUUCCUGGCAAAAAUAUCUUCGUCCUGAGCAACGAAGGUUCUGAGGAGCAGAAUAAAUCCGUUUCUGUCACAGCGGACGAGGACAACUCGUGGGUCACGGUGCCCUGCGUCGUGUCAGAUAAGGAUGCCGUCGUCGAGUUGUGGGCUGAGGAAAAAGAUGGCACUACGAAGAGAAAAUUGUCUACAAAUGAGUCCUCCAUCGAGUAUGACCCACUGGAAGGGUUCCGGCUAAAAUGGAAGGGUUUCGGCGCUGUAAAGAAUCCGUGGGGAGACUACGUCUGCAUCGGAAAGGUCAACAAUGGGAAAGUUAGCAAGGAGGAAAAACUCCGAAUCCGAGUUAAGGGACCUAAUUCCACGGUGAAUAGAUUUUCCCUUGGUGGUGUUGGAAAUGGUCAGUCUACGUCGACUUCGGGGUCCACGGUGUCAAUUUCCUACAACCCGACAGCCCGUAGGAUCGAGUGCUGUUCCUCUAUGACGACGAUUUCUAGAACUCGACGCUCUCGAGGGAAACGGGCAGUGUCACUCCCCCGAAUGCGACUCUCUCCUUGCGCCUCAAUUUCGGAUUGCUACUUCUCCUCCACCCAUCUCGCCUCUGGGUCUGCCUUCUGUUCCAAAAGGACGAGCGGGGAGUGCGAGUCGGACUCUUUCAUCAAGCGACUGAACGAGACCUGCGUGGCGUACGAGUUGCCAGAAAUCCACGAGGCUGGCGUCCUCGACUGCUCACUGGACGGGGCAGGUCUGGAAGACGGAAAAGCCAAAGAUCUCAUGGAAGCACAGAUGCAAUUCUCGUACGAACCUGAGCUAGGAUUUGUAACCAAAUUUGACCCGGAGGAAACCGAAACUCGUGAAAUAUUAGGAAUUGGUCGUGAACAGGAGGGCAGCACGGCGGGAUCUAUUGCGACCUACUUUUGCAGAGCGAACUCGUUCUUCUUUUCGGACGGAAUUAAAUGGGCGGUCGAACGGAGGGGGGCUACAAACACGCUAGAUUUCCUCACUCAGGAGGAUGCUCGACCCACAAUCAAGGUGGAUGAGGCUAAAGUAUCUCGAGUGUACUGCUUCGCCCCCAUUUGGGAUUCGGCCACGGAUUGGAGAAACGUCUCAAUGACGGCACCACUCCCGACGUAGACGGACGUCACUUCUUUACACUUUUUAUGUAGAUCUUAAGGGCCGAGACGUGUAGACUAUGAUAGUUAAUCAGCCUACAUAAUUUCAAUUUGCAAGGAAAAUGGACCACAAGUAUUUUUAAGUAUUUGAUGAUAUGCAUAUGUGUGACUGCGAAUAUGUGAAUCUUAUCGAGGAAAGAAUAGUUAUCGAGCAUUUCUUAGCAUUUUUUCACAAAGUAAAAAUAUUUACAACGAAACGACGACGAUGAGAAGAUUUUUUAAGUAUUGAUAAGUACAAGAAAAUAAAUAAUGUGUCGAACGGG